AUGCAACUGACUCUCUCCGUCGUUGCUAUCCAUACAACAUCAGACAUGACCACCCAAGUAAUCUUUGACCUCUGCGGAAGAGAGAAGCUUGUUCAAGAGCUACGAGAUGAGGUUAUAUCGGUCAUUUCUCAAGAGGGAUGGAAAAAGACGGCUCUCUAUAAACUUCAGUUGAUGGACAGCUUUCUGAAAGAGUCACAGCGAAUGAAACCAAUCAAUAUCGCCUCGCUGCGCAGAGUCGCCAAGGAAGACAUCCAAUUAAGCGACGGAACCCAAAUCGCCAAAGGCGUUUCCCUCGCGGUCCCGAAGGUCUGGAUGUGGGAUGAGAAAUUCUACGAGGCUCCCAACACAUUCGAUCCAUAUCGAUUCUUAAAGAAGCGACAAACCCCUGGCUGGGGGACCCAUGCCCAUCUCAUAACCCCGUCGGCCAAGCAUUUAGGAUGGGGUCUAGGCAACCAUGCCUGCCCAGGCCGCUUCUUCGCAGCGAACGAGAUUAAGAUUUUCUUAUGCCAUGGGCUUCUCAAAUAUGACUUUCAACUUGCGGAGGGGUCAGUUCCUCAAUUUAGACGACAAGGAUUCGCGCUACAUGCAGAUGCUACUGCAAAAAUCUCGAUUCGGCGCAGACGUGAAGAAAUUGUUCUCGAAGAUAUUACGGAUUGA